AUGCUUUCGGGUCACAAUUCUCAUUCUUUUUCCUUCUUCUUCUUUCCUCUCCCCACCCACCACAUUAAUCUCGAGGCAGGCAAAUGCUUUAGGUUCUUCCUCCUGCCUCCCUUGGAAUAUUUCAACUGCCUUUUGCGUCACGUCAUCUUCACUAGGCGAGGUGGUUCGUCAACCAGACGCCGUUGUGUGCAGCAACACACGACACAAAAAAUUCAGGUCUUCAUCAUGAAACUAUUUCAUUUUCUUUCUUUCUUUCUUUCUUUCUUUCUUUCUUUCUUUCGUAGUCGCUUUUCAUCUAUCUAUCUAUCUAUCUAUCUAUCUAUCUAUCUAUCUAUCUAUCUAUCUAUCUAUCUAAGACUAUUUCAUUUUCUUCUUUCUUUCUUUUUUGUAGUCGCUUUACAUAUAUCUUUUUAUGUUGGACUAUUUCUUUUUCUUUCUUUCUUUCUUUCUUUCUUUUGUAGUCGCUUUUCAUCUAUCUAUCUAUCUAUCUAUCUAUCUAUCUAUCUAUCUAUCUAUCUAUCUAUUUUAGACUAUUUCAUUUUCUUCCUUUUUUCUUUCUUUUACUAUUUUUCUUUCUUUCUUUCUUUAUCUAUCUAUCUAUCUAUCUAUCUAUCUAUCUAUCUAUCUAUCUAUCUAUCUAUCUAUCUAACGCAGGUUCAAAAGAGUUUAUAG